AUGGCAGGGGGUGAGGCAGCAGGUGUGGAUCUCAGCAGAAAGUUUGUGACAGAAGCAGAGCUUGAUGAGAAGAGGAAGAAAAGACAGGAGGAAUGGGAGAAAGUCCGAAAACCUGAUGAUCCAGAAGGUAAAACUUUACACACAGAGAUCCAAAACCACAACAAACCUCCAGCUGCAUCGAUGAAAAAACACUGAUUAUGAUUUGUUUGUGUACUUCUCAGAGGCCCCAGAAGAGGAGUAUGACCCUCGUUCACUCUUCGAGCGACUGCAGGAGCAGAAAGACAAAAAGCAAGAGGAAUUCGAGGAGCAGUUCAAAUUUAGUGAGUGUUUGUGUCUUUCCUCAUCUUUAUAAUCAGAACUCUGCCAUCUGGGUUUGAAUGGGCUUCACCUCAUAUAGCUUCCUUAUCAGGGUUUGAGAAAGAGGGAAAAAUCCUGGACUAACACAUUGUUUUGAAAGACUGAAGUACACAACUAGGGCUGCAUGAUAAAGGGAGAAAAGGACAGAUAGUUUUGGCAACACUUAAACUUGAUGUCUGUCUCUAUAACGCAUUGUAAGUUUAUGUAUAAUGUGUUAUAAUCACGUUAUAGCACUGUAUGAAUACAGUUAUAUACACUCAUACAUGAUCAUAACGCUUUAUAGCAAUAAUAAUAACACAUUAUGAAGCAUUUUUUCAUGACUUACAAGGUAAGGUAUUAUAAUGUGUUAUAACUGUUAACAACUCACUGACAAUGCCCACAUAGAUAAUGCAUUAUACAUAUAUUUAUGAUGUGUAAUAAUUUGCUUAAAAACUUGUAUAACUAUCGUUAUAAACACUCAUUAAUUACACUAAUCACUGUACAGCAUUACAGUGGUAUCAGACAGGUUCUUAUGCUGUGUUCCAGUUACCUUGGAAGUCGGAUGUCGGAGCUGGGAAUGACGUAACACUCGAAUUGACGGUGUUCCAGUUAACAAGUCGGAAAACCAAGAUGGACGCCUACAGUUACCCGUUGUUAGCUGUUUUUUACAAUUGUCAGCUGUCAUUGGCCGUUGUCAGUUGUUGUUAGCGGUUGUCAAAACAGCAGUGCUAAUAAAUAAUGCAUUACGAGAGCUUUCACUGUAACUCUUAACUGUUGAUGCACUGCACUGCCAUCUUGGAUUAUAACCAUAGACUGUAUAUACUAUGGACAACUUGGCUCCGCCUACCGCCUGCAUACGGAUUUGAAGCCAAAAAGUUCUCGGUAUUUCCAGGAUUUUUCUUUAUUUCCUGAAACCAGAGCUGCGCAGUAGCGAUGCGCGCAUUCGGCCGCGCAGUCGCUGAGAGUUGCUGUGAUGAUGCUCGGCUCAAACAGCGUAUCCCCUGGGAGAGCUAUGCAAUCCCUGAACGCCCAUAGGCUGUAUCAGGUGUCAAGCAUAGAAAACAUGAAUCCCCUAAUAACUUUUAAAAACUGCGCUUCACAGAAAAAAGAGGACUUGAGCACAAACCGGUCUUACUGUAUCUACAUGUCAACAUCACAAGCAGGGGGGAAAAAAAUUUAUGUUCUGUGUAAUAAAUUUCUAAAGUUUGUCCACAGCUCCAUAAGCUUUGCUGGUGGAGGUGGGAUUUAUGACCUAUACUGCAGCCCGUCAACAGAGGGUGCUGUUCUCAGAGUGGCUUCACCCAGAGAGGAGGCAGACUCUGUCCAUUCUAUAUACAGUCUAUGAUUAUAACACUGUCGUCAAGUUGGGGUUGGUGAGGAUCGUCUGACUCUCCGAGUCUGAAAUCCGACUUCAGUGGGACAUUCCAGAUGAAUUUCAGACUCGGAGCUCAGAAAUUCUGACUUCCGAGUACAACUGGAACGCAGCAUUAUUACCAGUCAGUCAUGGAAAAUAAGAACAUGGUGACAGCAUAACGUGUGUCAGGACAUGUGGCUGACAUCCCACUGUUACGUGACCAUUCUGCAUGAACACAAAGAAGUAUGUGGACUUUGAUGAGCUAAUAAACAUUUUUGAGUUUUAAUGAUGUGUCCCACACAAGAACAGAAUAUGAAAUGAGUCCUUUCCUCACAUAAGUGAUAUUUUAUGAUGUGUAUUUUUUAAAGUAAGGUGUAGUAUCGUUGAAGCCUGAAACUCCAAGCCAGGAAGGCUACAACAUUUAGUAGCAGAGAGUGUCAGUAAAGAGAGAAAGUCAAGGUUUCUCUCCAUGCUCGGUUUCUUUUUUCCACUAUGUAAUGCUGUAUAUUCGUCUCCACUGAUGAUACUUUUAAAUAAAAAUACAGAUUCAUUGACUGAACCCGGAUAUGUUGACAGUGUUAUGAUUCAAAGACAACAGAAAUGUGUCUUAUGGUCACAAAGCGUGAAGCUCUGUAAGAUUUCUGAGCUCUUUGGAAUAUGAAGGUCACAUGUUUGCAGUCUGGAAAUGCACUUAAGGUUUGUUUUGUUUUUGAAAAACUGCAGUCGCUCCACUGUUAUGUGUUCAAAGCAUGUUUGUUUCCAUGGUGACAGGGAACAUGGUGAGAGGAUUGGACGAAGAUGAGACCAGCUUCCUGGACGAGGUCUCCCGGCAACAGUGCUUGUUGGAGAAGCAACGCAGGGAAGAGGAGAAGCAGGAACUGUUAGAGUAUAGAAUAUCCUUUCAUCACAUGGUUGUUUAUGUGAAGAAUUUCAAUAAGCAGUGUUGUUUUUUGCAGGAGAAACACUGAGCGGCAUGUGAAGCACAGCCCAGAACUUGAUUGCCUGUUUUCUUGGGCAUCUGUGACACAGAAGGUAGAUCUACUUGGAUGAGCAGAGGUUUGACCGCCAUCUGUGGCAGCAAUGUGCGUGUAUGUGUGAAUGAGUAUAAGAAUAGCAUUACGGCUGGAGCCAGCAGUGGAUGAACGUGUGUGAGAUAAUGUGUGAAUGGGCGAUUGAGUGGUAAAGGACUAGAUUAUAUAAGUCAAGUUCUUUGGUUUAUUAUGAUGACUUGAAAAUGAGAGGAGUCUAUUGUCGCGACUCAGCGUGGAGAAAUGUAGUUUCCAAAACACACCUUCCCGCCUUAGCUGUGUUGAAACUGAAACACUCUGCCCACUCUGAUCAUCCAGUCUUUAAAACUUCAGCUGACAAAGCAGGAUUAUUGGUCGUGUUUGUUCUGUGGUACAGAACAUCUUCUGCUGACUUUCUCCGUCUUUUUCGUUUGUGGUACUGACGGGUUCUGGCUUCUGUUUGUGAAAUAUUUAAUCUGUCAGCUUCAUAAGACAUCAGUUGAUAUUUAACUCCUUCUGCUGAUGUUUUAGUCCACAAACAGCAGAGGGAGUUUUAAGUUUCAUGUUGUUUUCAUAUAUCCCAGUCAUUCAGAGAAUGUCCUGCCAUGACCAUCAUUGAGAGUACAGAGUAGCUGUUAUUUCCCCACUAAAUUACCCAUAAUGCCAUAGCAAGGCACAGAGGAUCGUUUAUUUAGGCUGUGUUCGAAAUGGAUCCCUAACCCCUAUAUAGGCGACUAUAUGGGGGUUAGCGCCAUUUUGAGGAGUGUCCGCAACCUGAGUGAUCAAUUCCAAUGCCCCAUAUAGGCAACUCAAAAUUUCCCAUAAAGCAUUGCAAAUGUAGUGACCAUCCGAUGGUCACUCACCGGUGGUGGGCAUCCCGUCAUACAUUGCGUCAUGCCAUGUAGAGUCCGAAACCUCCGGUAAUUGAGCUCACUACAUAGUCAGCUAUACAGUGAAAUCCCAUAUUGGGGUUAGGGGUUAGGGAUUGAGUGAUUCAUUUCGGACACAGCUGUUCACAAUAAACUUCAAUAAAUUAGAGGCACUAUGAGGAAUCUUGAUCUAAUUUCAAAACAGAGUCACUUACACAGAUGCCUCCUCUUAAACUACAUCGUAUAAGAUGUCCCUAAUGCCGGUGAUUGAGUUGAAUUUUUCACAAAAAAGCUGAGUUAAUAUUCUGCAUUCACUCCAAAAUGCAUUCCAUUAAUUUUCUUCCAUGACAUAUUCACACUUGGACAAGAGUUACAAUCUUUAAAGACCCACUCCGAUAAAAUCACGUUUCUCUUGUUGUCUACAUUUUCAUGUGGCAUUUUUCUGAUGCUACAGGACAUAUCAUGAGAAAACUAAGUGCAAAAUUGCAUUUCCGCAUUCCACUCACUGUGAAUCUCUGGCAGACCCAAACGGCAGGCUCAGUUUCAGUGAGAUUUGCUAUGUCACAAAUCCAAGCUCCGUCCCGGAGCCACAUUACGCAGGUCACACUCGGAAAAGUAGAGAGGAGGAUCGCGAAACAAGCCUGUGCGUUAGCGGAUUGCAAUGUUCGUAAGAAAAGCUAAUUAGUUAGUUAGUUAGUUAGUUAUAGUUUAUUUCAGCUUUGAAACAAGGUAUAUUCCAUUCCGUGACAUUUCAAUUACAUUUGUUUCAGUAAUCACACUGUUUGGCCAAAAGGGUAUAGGCUGAAGCUAAAAGCUUAUAGCGCCUACCCCAUUUAAAUGUAAGACGAAAGGAAAGACAAAAAACAAAGAACAAACAGAUACUACGACACAUGGUUUCAUGUUGUUUCACUAGAAAUCAUUUGCUGGAAUUCUCUACUAGUCUAAGUCAAAAAGUCAAAAACAAUAAAGUGCUGUAAGACAUCUGCUAACCCAAUUAAGGAUACAAAAUGAGUACAGAACAUCAACAAGGGAAACAGAAGAGGGAAGGUGAGCUAUUUAGAGAUAUAGGUUAUGGUUUAGGUUUUUUGUUUAUUUGUUUUGGCUUCCGUCCAGUCCAGCACAGCAACAUGCAGCAACAUGGAAGUGUUGCCACAUGUCUGCAUGUUCCUCUAAUUAUGAUAUUAACUUGUCCCUAAAGACAUUAGUGUCCAAGAGUUGAAUAGCUCUUAUGUUACCUGCUUCUUCUACUACACCGGCAAUGUUAGGCUGCAAGCUAGCGUGAAGACCAGUGUGCGGAGCAGAGCUGUCUCUGCCCACGACUCAGAGGUGAAUUGCUGAUGAGCUACUGGAGCUCUGCAGAUGAAAAGCCCUUGAAAAUGACACAGGUAACAUGAUUUUGGCUAAAAAAUGUAUUAUGAACUGCAGUUUUCAUGACAAAAAAACAACCAUAAUCACAAUCAACACAAUUAUAAAACCCCUCUCUGCGCCUUUCAAGAGUGAGCGUCAGGCAGUAGAAAUGCAAACCAGCUGCUUUAGUCACCAGGACUGAGAAAAGUAUUUAAGUCGGUUAAAACAUAAUUAGUCUAGUUUUUGCAUCACCAGCCAUAAAAAAGACCAAAAAGAGUAAGAGGUGGGUUUGGUUCAGUCAUUUCAGAGGGAGCAGAAAGGUCACGCUGUUCCACUGAUAGACGCUAAUAGUCCAGUGUUGAAAAGAACAGCAGAACAGACGUGUUCAUUGUGUAAUUGGCUUUCUUAGCAGGUGUUUCUGAUAGUAAAUGCUUUUUAGUCAUUUUUUUGACACUAUUACCUCCUUCACACAUUCAGACAUGUUGCCAAUGUGAAGUCUCCUGGUUUGUAUAGUUUACAGGAUGAUAAGCAGCUUUAUGUGUGCUGGCAGAGGCUGGCAAAGCUCCUUUAUAGUCGAGCUUCUGCUGGCAACGCAUAGAUACACAAAGCACACGCAGUUUUACAUCAUGUUCAUGUACAAUUCCAGCACUACAGCUAUAAACAUGUGAUACUCUCUCUGCACAGAGCAGAGUUAUCCCUUUCAGUGUACAGGUUUAUGAAAAUUAUAGUUAUCACAAGCAAGGGAUCUUUUUUUCUUGCCUUCUCAGGCCCGGACUACACGUAUAUAGAUAUUUAUUUAUCAGGAUGUUUUUGUACUCCCGUCUAAAUAAAUGUAUCUGUCCACACGAGUUAGUUCUCAAAAAUAUCUGCGUCCACACGUGGCCUUCAAACUCAAUCCUAUCUGGUGCCGCUUAAAAAAAAUUCAGCCAUCGUUGUGUUGUUUUUCUUUUUAAUUCGCAUGCGGGAGCUGCAGUUUGACGUCAUCGAUCUGUAAAAGUUCAACCACACAAAUCCACUUAUACAGAUAUUUUUUUUAUUUCUACACUUGUUUUUUUAGGAUUCAGAUUUAUCCAGUUUGAGUGUUCCAAACUCCCGUUUUGGUGUGGUAGGGAGGCCUAAUCGGACAUAAAUAUGUGUGGUUUGAAAUAUAUCCGCAUUCAUGUAGUUGGGGCCUCAUAAUGUUCUCAUAUUUCUCAGUUACCUAAAUUUGGACAAUUGGAGCAGUGAACUGGCACAUUUAAUUUUUCUCUUUCAUCGAAAACUACACAACUCUGAAAGUCAUUCUUCGCACUGCUGGGUUGAUUGCAUUCACAGAAUUUACUUCUUCUCUUUCCUUUUUCAGAACCAAAGUUGCUCCUCAAUUUCAGAGACCAUGUUCUUCUUUAAGGCUGAACAUUUUCUUUGAGGGUUAAAAAAUAACUUAGUGAUAUGCUCAGAUGAACAGUCUAUCUCUGUUUCUUUGUACGUUUGACAAAGAGACCUGCAAAGUUUAGUUGUGAAAAAUUAUAUGAUUGUAUGACAAACUUAGACUUUUGAAAUCCUUGCUGGUGCACAGUAAAUUUUUCACACAUACUCAUGAGUUUUCAUGUCACUUGUCACUGCCUCUUGUCCUUGCAGACAGACAGACAGGUUUAUCUGCAGGAAAAGAAGGGGUUGUCGUGGAAACUGUAUCAUAGGCUGGUAACUACAGUGAUGGUUCACAGCAGUUGUGAAGACAAAAGUGCACAGACACACAAACAAGCUCAAACCUCAAGACUGUUGAUCUCUUUUAUCUAAUGUCCCACUUUAUGUUUGCCCACUCCUGUCUGCUCUGAACCUGAUUCUUGUCUACGAGGUGUGUUUGGUCUCUUUUUUUCCUCUGUUUCUUCAUCACGGCCUGAUUUCAGGUCUCUUGAGCUGUGUCCAUCUCCUCUUGUUCUUUUGGGUCCUCUAUCUGUGUCAUCUCUCUCCGUCUCUUUCUCGGAGUGCUUUUCUUAGCCUAACAGAACCGUGUCAUUUUUUCCACAGCACUGUUGGAGAUGUAACUGCUCUCCUUUGAAGAGAGGACAGGGCGCCACUUACUAUAUUACAGACCGCUGUGAAAUGUAGUUUGCAUUGUCUUGUGGCCUCCACCUCCAGGUCCCACUAUGCUUUAGUCACCUUGACUCGAUACCUUCACAGUGCUGUAGUGAAGCAAGCAUCUGCAGAAAGCCGUAAAGAGCCAGAGAAGAAGGCAGCGCCUAAACAGUCAGGGGCAGAGCAGAGGACGAGCCACCUGUCUCAGGCCCAUUUAUUAGCUGGAGCUGUCAAGAGACGCAGGUAUGCAUAUGCAUGUCUUUAAUGUAAACAUAACACUGAUCUUUGUUUUAUAAAAUCAACAUAAUUCAAAGGACAGCCCUUUCUUCACUCUCUGGUAGAGUUUAAAUUUCUCUAAAACAUCAAAAAAAAAAAAAUUGCCUUUGGUGCCAAGACCAUAGACUGUAUAUACUAUGGACAGCUUGGUUCCGCCUCCCGUCUGUAUAUGGAUUUGAAGCAAAAAAAACUCUGUAUUUCCGGGAUUUUUCUUCAUUUCCUGAAACCAGCACUGUGCAGUAGCAGAGAGUCGCUGUGAUGACGCUCGGCUCAAACAGCGUAUCCCCCGGGAGAGCUACGCAAUCCCUGAACGCCCAUAGGCUGUAUCAGGUGUCAAUCAUAGAAAACAUGAAGCCCCUAAUAACUUUUAAAAACAGCUUCACAGAAAAAAGAGGACUUGAGCACAAACCAGUCUUACAAUAACUACAUGUCAACAUCACAAGCAGGGGGGAGAAAAAAUUAUGUUCUGUGUAAUAAAUUUCUAAAGUUUGUCCACAGCUCCAUAAGCUUUGCUGGCGGAGGCAGGAUUUAUGACCUAUACAGUGAUUCGGCGAAAUGACCGGAAGUAGUACGGCCCCCAUUACUGCGGUGUGCGCAAAGUGAACGAGAAGCAGUGCUGUAGGCAGCGAGCGGCGACACAAGCAACCCUGCACAACUAUGUCAAGACAGUCUGGGAGGACGUGUGCCGUCAUCAACUGUUACAACAACAGUAAAAGACUACAGUCGUGGAAAAAGUCGAUAUGUGAGACGCACAUGCCAUUACUGUUAAAUCCAUUCAGUUCUUAGUUGUGCACGAUCCCACACCCUGCAUUUAGAUCUUGGCAGGCAUGCAUUUCUUGGCAUAACGCUAAUAGACCAUGAAACAAAUAUUUAAUUCCUACAUUAUUUUUUAAUCACGUAGGCUUGUACAUAAUGAUUAAUUGCCUGUUAGCCUGCAAGGGUCAGUAUAAAUGUAGCCUAGCCAGUGUUUACACACACAUCUCCUCCUACUUCAGUAUUUCACGAUGAAAUACUUCAUACUUUUCAUCUUAUCAAUUCCCAAAUUAAUAUCGGUAUUAAUUUAAGAUACCUUCAUCAGUAACCGGAGGCCACUGUCUGACAUCGUCAAACCAGGUGACUUUACUCAUGCUGUCAAUGAUGCUCUCAGCCACUAUUCACUAGCAUACGUUUAUUUGUUGAUAGCAUGACAACUUCAUGACGUCGCACACCGCAGCAAUGGCGCCGCCACAAGAUGGCGGUGUACACAAACCUCUCACCCGAAUCGGUGUAUACUGCAGCCCAUCAACAGAGGGUGCUGUUCUCGGAGUGGCUUCACACAGAGAGGAGGCAGACUCUGUCCAUUCUAUAUACAGUCUAUGUGCAGAACGUUCUGACUUGUUACCCCGCUGGUCACCAUCUCAGUGUGUUUUCAGUGUCCUGUCAAGCAGGUAGUUUCACUUGAUUAUGUUUGAAUGAAAAACAUUGCUGAGGACUUUCUACGGUCUCUUUGUUCUCUCACUCAGCUCCUCUCAGUCGUCAGACAGCAGUAAGAAACAGAAGGUGGAAAUCACGACAACAGGAAACGGAGACAGACACAAAGGUGGGCUGCAGCCUGGAAGAUGGAACGUGUGUCUGUCUGCCUUGAAAGGAUUGAACGGGCAGGAGCUCAAUUUUGACCUGUACAGAAUCCUCACGGAUCAUACUGCUCAGCAGAGGAGGCGUCUGAAUUAUUUGCAUCAAAUAAUUAAUGUAGAACGGAAGUUGUUCUACGUAUGCGUUAUUGGUCUAUAUGGGAGCGCGGUCACACCGACACGCGCCACUUAGCGACCCGGCAUGCACAUUACAGCGUUUUCAACCACAUUACGUUUUUGUGUAAACACAGCAUAAAAACUGAAAACGAAACGGCACUUUUCCGUUUUCUAGGGAGACCGUUUCCUUCUAAAAGUGGCCUAAAUCUGUGGGCCAUAAACCAAAACAAAAAGCUGGAAGGCACUAAAAUGUUCCAUAGAGAUUUUUUGGUCACUUUUGUUAUACAAUUCAGUUUUUCCUGUGUAUAAUCCUUAACCUUUUAAGAAAUGUGGCAAAAGAGAAGAACUAGCCUGAGAGGUUGAUGUCCUUGUGUUGAAUCCCUGAACCUGAUGAUGUGUUUGCUGUUCAGAACAGGAGGACGGAGCAGGGGAAGGAGCUGAGGGGGCUGAGAAUAAACAGACAGUCCCUAGCCUGACAGUGAAGAAACCUUCAGCUCCAGUGGGCUCUGGUCAAGGCACACUACACCUGCCGUCAGCAGCCGUGUGCGUUGGGGUUUUACCGGGACUCUGCGUUUAUUCUGCCAGCAGCGACUCUGACAGCAGCUCAGACAGCGAAGGUAGCGUGGACACAAUCAUGUUGCCGUACCCACGGCACACCAGGGCUUACAGAUAAACACACACACACACACACACAUAUACCAGUGGUUGGUAGGGCUUGCAGACUGUCUGAAAAGGUAACGUCAAACACACACACACACACACACACACUCACACACACAUACAGUUGGAUUUUAAAGGUCAAACACACUCAUAUCAACAGUGCAGAGCUACAAGUAAGUCAUACACUGGAACCACACAUACCUAGCAAACCAUUUGGAUAUUCUUGUUGUUUUCACAGCUGUGAGUUGAACUGUUGCUCUUCGUCAUCAGACAGACAUCAGUCCCUUAGCGUAACAGGAACAAACUUCAGGACCAAUCUGAACUAUAAUCUGAACUGAAUUUGUGUAUCUAUUUGUGAUUUUUGCUGUUGUGGCUCUCAAACAUGACACCUCCCCCUUCCUUCCUUUAAUUAAAUCUCACACAGUUUAA